CCGAGUUUCGCUGGGGAAUAAUAGUCUGCCAGAAUCCAGCCAAUCACAAGCGUCCGUUGCGUAAGCGCGCACCACCUUACUGCUUGAGAAUGCUCGAAGCCUCGUUCGAUUCCCUAUCGCCCUCAUAAACGUGUCCAUCGCACCUGCAAGCAGCGCUCACCACAUAACGGGAACCCCGCUGAAACAGCCCACUUUCCGCUGUGGGCAAACGGGGAUUUCCGCUGUGGGCAUUUUUUCUCAGAAAACCACCGCUUUUUUUUACCCCAGCAUGGCGGCCUCCUCCUUAGCAGGGCCCAGGCCUCAUUCAAGGCAGACUAGCUCCCGGCCACAUUCCAAUAGCUCACCAAUUCGACCGGGUCCGUCGGCCCAAGAUCGCCCCGGUGCACCACAAACCGACACAUCGCCAACGAACACGUACAACUCGGUAACCACUACCGCACCAGCAGACUCCGACUCCGAUACCGCUUCACCUUCAAAAGAGUGGCUCCGCUUUAGUGUUGAGCAGCUGACUCCACAGUUCUUCUUCUAUAAACGUGGAAUUCUAUCAAUAUCGAAAGAGGCGGUCAAGCUUGCCGUUAUAGACGACACGGGGUUUGCACUGACGGCGGAACGAGUAUUGGAUGCGACGGAGCAGGUUCUAGCGUUCGAUUUGGGCGCUUUAUUGGGGUCACAAAUUGAGAAUCCCAAACUCGCUUUUCAACUCAACACCCGGGGGGGCGUCUUUGUUUUCCGUGCGCAGACUGUUCAAGACAAGGCUCGGAUCAUUUCCACAAUUGAGGAGAUAGUCGAGCAAGCGCAGACGGCUCAACUUCAGGGUUCAACGACAGGUCCUGACGGCGAAGGGGAAGAAGCCUCUGUGCGAAGUGCAGACUCGAAUCCGCUCGUAGGCCAGUUCGAAAACAUCGCAAAGAAAAUGGAACGCUACGGGUCGAUGUGCGUCAGUUACCAGAUGGAACUUCUGCAUCUGCAGGAAACGCUGCAAUCCAAGACCGCGCUUCUCCAGACCGCCGAGCAGAACUGGCUCCAGAUUGGGGAGACCAACACGACAUUGUUCAGGUUGCUCGCAGAAUUGCAGGCGCAAAACGAGGACCUCAUGGCGCGCUUGGACAGAGUCACGCAGUCCAGCCAUGAUGCGGCUGCAAAGGUGCUUGCCAUGCAGAAGAAGAUAGAUCAGAAAGUGGAUGUCCUGAAGGAGAAGAAGCAGCUUCUCGGUCACAUUCAGCGGUAUGUUGAUAAUCCAGGGAGGAGCGGUGUUAGUAGGGCCGCAGCAUCAUUGAAUAGUGUCAGAUGGUCGAUGAUGGGGGGCAUCGCAGCAGGUGUGCUGGUGGCAGGGAUGCUGCUGCAUUAUUUCAUACUGAUUUUUGGGGUAAAGUGAGUGGCAAUGAAACGCAUUUUACCAUAAAAGCAUCCAUAGAUUCCGAUGAGCCCCAGCGAGUAUGCAGAAAGGCAUACUGUAUAUGUAGGUGAUCGAUUUCAUGC